CUCACACGAACCAGACAAUACAUUAGUCACGCAUAGCGAGUCCUACAAUAUUAAGCCGUCAUGCCAACACCACCAAUAAUUGAUCCUCUGCCCGAGAAGUUCAACCGAGGUAACUCGAAAAGUGAUUCAACCAGGGAGACAUACGUCGACAAUCCCAAUUUGUCAGACUUCUGCAACUACAGUUUGCGAACAGCCGCCAGGGCGAAGAAGAAGUGUCGUACUGAAAUCAAGCCGAGUCAGUGGAGUAGGCACGGGUUCAAGUAUGCGAAGAACCUCACGAGUAUAGAACAGAGUAUGUCGAGAGAUACGGAUAUAGCAAGGGUUGAUGCUAAGCAUGUGACACCGCAGAUGUUUGCGGAGCGGUUUGAGUCUGGGCGAGGAACACCAUGUGUGGUGGUCAAUACGACAGAGGGCUGGCCGGCAGUAAAGAACUGGACAUGGAAGCAGUUGGCAAAAGAUUACGGUGACGUUAAAUUCAAAGUGGGCACAGAUGACGACGGGUAUCCGGUCAAGAUGCGCAUGAAGUACUUCAUUGAGUACGCGCGCAACCAGAGCGACGAUUCGCCUCUGUACUGUUUUGACAGUUCAUUGGGCGACAAGAAAGAGAAACAGUCCAUGCUGCGCGAUUAUGAGGUGCAUCCAUUUUUCACAGACGAUUUGCUGCAGCAUGCAGGGGAGCGCAGAAGGCCUCCAUACCGAUGGCUCGUGAUGGGUCCCGAGAGAUCGGGGUCUGGUAUACAUAUUGACCCUCUGGGAACGAGUGCAUGGAAUACCUUGGUGAGUGGCCAUAAGAGAUGGAUACUAUUCCCACCGGGAACAUCUGCCGAAAUGGUGAAGUGCCCGAAGGGUGUGGAGUCAGAAGCUAUCAGCUGGUUCAACCAUAUAUAUCCUACGUUUUUCCGGCCCGAUUAUAAGGGACCAAGACCGAUAGAGGUCCUACAGAGACCCGGAGAGACUAUGUUUGUGCCUGGGCUGUGGUGGCACGUAGUUUUGAACUGUGAUGAGACAGUAGCAAUUACGCAGAACUUCGCCUCGAGAACCAACUUCCCGCUGGUCUGGCGGAAGGUGAUGAAAGGCAGGGUCAAGAUGAGUGUCAAAAUGUUAGAUACCCUCCGAAAGGUAGCCCCGGAUUUGGCGGCGAUUGCUAACCAGACAAGGAUGGAUGUAGAGAAUGGUAUGUACGCAGGCGAGUACUCGAGUAGUUCCAGUAGCAGUAGCAGUAGUUCGUCUAGUAGCUCGAGUAGUUCUGAGAGUGACAGCGACAUUGCCAUGGAAACAAGCACCAACAACAGUCCUAAACGUGGCAACGGCAGCGAGGACAAUCGCGAUUUGGCCCGUGCAAAGAUAGAGGGUUCGGGUGGACGCAGAAGUAAAAAGGGAAGUAAGAAACGUAGAAGCUCGAGUUCACGCGACUGCUGUAUGUGUGAGCGGUGUGUGCGAGACUGUGAUGUGUGCAUGGACCGGCACGAGCGCCGAGUGCGAAGACAGCGCGAGAGAGGGGAUGCAUUGGAGGUUCUGGGGUUGGACGCCGAUGGAGUGAGGAUUGUAUGCAAGGAGAGAGGGCUUAGAAGGGACGGCAAGGAUAGUAAGAAGAAGCGUAAGAAGGGCGGAGACAGCUCAGACUAGGUGCAGUGCAUCUCAGGGCUUGUACAUGGAAGGUUGUUGGUAGCGUCCACGUGAUGUUUACUAGGCGGCGGCGGCGGCGGCGCUCGCCCCGGAAUAAAUAGUCAACAAAAUCCAGUAAGACCCAAUGAUGGUUCAAGCAGUUUGUUUGUGGGCUCGAAUUUCGCAACAGAAUAGAUUUGGUUGCUAUACAUGCACAGCAACUCGGCGUGGAUUAUGAGGUGUGAAGUACUUACUGUAUUCUGUAGUCCAAAAAGAAAACAUGAAUAUUUGG